CGAGCGGAGCGGGCUGCAAGCGCCUCCCGCCCCCCCCCUCCCCCCGGCUGCGGCCCCGACGCGGUGGCUCCCGGCCCCGGCGCUGUCCCCGGGGCUGCCGCUGGCCCCGCCGCUGGCCCUGGCGCUGGCUCUGGCCGCGGCGCUGGCUCUGGCGCCGGCCCGGGCCCGGCCCGACUCCUUUAAGAUGAUGCAAUCGGCAUCGCCCUCCGCGCUCCCGGCCCCAAGCCGCUGAGCAGAGCCGCGUAGCGCGGUGCAGGGGCGCGGGAGCGGCCCCACGGCCCGGCCCGGCGCAGCGGGGCGGAGCGGAGCGGAACGGGGCGGCCCCGCAGCGCCCCGGCCCCGGCGGCGGCCCCGGCCGGAAGAUGGGCGCGCCGCCGGCCGCGCUGCCCGGGUACCUGCCGCCGCGGGAGCCGCCGGAGCCCGCCAGCCCUUAGCGCAGGCUGCGGGGUUUCUGCAAGUCAUCCGGGGCAGGCGAAGGGCGCACCCCGCGCUGCCCUGCCCGCGCCCCCCGACCCGCUGGGAUUUCUUGGGGGUUGUGGUUGUGGGUUGGCUUUUUUUCCUUCUCCCCCAUCGUGCUGUGUGCAUUGGUUUCUCUCCUCACCUGCCAUGGUUAACUUUCCUGUGACUCGCUUUAACUCUUGAGAUCUACGUGGAUGUUGCUCAGAGCACUUUUCUUGCCUUUGCUGUCCCUUGCUGGGACCGGAUUUCAUACUCGCUGGACUCUGUGUGCCUGUAUGUGUGUUCUCAGUGUCUUGAAAUUUUGCUUUCCUUUACAAGAGCUAUGCAUUCAUUAAUUAACCAAGAUCUGUGAAUGACCAUAGGCUUGGCUUGACCUUGAUUGUGAUGGCUUUGUUGGAAGAUCUAACGAUGCGAUUGCAUUUCAUGAAGUGAUUGCUCUCCGUGGCUUAGGGUGUAAGCCACUUCUGCCACACUGUCACUCAUGGACAAUUCAGAUUUUUUUUUAAGCAAACCUUUCGGCUAUUUUUCUUUUCUCACUUUCCCUUUCCCCCCUGUUUCCCCUUAAGGGUGGGAGCCUUAUUCUACACUUUGAUGUGAUCGAUAGUCCUGCUGCUUCGUGCUGCUGAUUUCCGUUUUAAAGUACAAUGGCUCUGAGUGGCAACUGCAGGACUUACCUUCCUGCUCGAGAGCAGGGGACUGGGCUGCACUCCUUCCCGGAGGUAGUGGAGCUAAACGUGGGCGGCCAGGUUUACUUCACUCGCCACUCCACCUUGGUUGGCACCCCUCACUCCCUGCUGUGGAAAAUGUUCACCCCAAAGAGAGACACAGCCAACGAUCUGGCCAAGGACUCCAAGGGAAGAUUCUUCAUCGACAGAGAUGGUUUCCUUUUCCGCUAUAUUCUGGACUAUCUCAGGGACAAGCAAGUGGUUCUGCCCGACCACUUCCCAGAGAAGGGAAGGCUCAAGAGGGAGGCUGAGUACUUCCAGCUCCCGGACUUGGUCAAACUCCUGACUCCCGAUGACAGCAAGCAAAGCCCCGAUGAUUAUUGCCACAGUGACUACGAAGAGGUCUCCCAAGGCAGUGACACGAGAAUAUGCCCACCCUCAUCACUCUUACCGCCUGAUCGGAAGUGGGGAUUCAUUACCAUCGGGUACCGGGGGUCAUGCACUAUCGGCAGGGAGAGCCAAGCAGAUGCCAAAUUCAGGCGGGUCCCAAGGAUUUUGGUUUGUGGAAGGAUUGCUCUGGUCAAAGAGGUCUUUGGAGAAAGUUUGAAUGAAAGCAGAGACCCAGACAGGGCUCCAGAAAGGUACACCUCCAGGUUUUAUCUCAAGUUCAAGCACCUGGAGAGGGCUUUCGACAUGCUGUCCGAGUGUGGAUUCCACAUGGUGGCCUGUAACUCCUCGGUGACGGCUUCCUUUGUCAACCAGUACACAGACGACAAGGUCUGGUCCAGCUACACUGAAUACGUCUUCUACCGUGAGCCCUCCCGGUGGUCCUCGUCCCACUGCGACUGCUGCUGCAAGAACGGCAAGGGCGACAAGGAGGGAGAGAGCGGCACGUCGUGCAACGAGCUGUCGACGUCGAGCUGCGACAGCCAGUCGGAGGCCAGCUCCCCCCAGGAGACCGUCAUCUGCGGCCCCGUCACCCGCCAGCCCAACAUACAGACUCUGGACCGGCCGGCCAAGAAGGGGCCGGUGCAGCUGCUGCAGCAGUCCGAGAUCCGGAGGAAGAGCGACCUGCUCCGGACUCUCACCUCCGGCUCCCGCGAGUCCAACUCCAGCAAGAAAAAAGCGGUGAAGGAGAAGCUGUCCAUCGAGGAGGAGCUAGAAAAAUGUAUCCAGGAUUUCCUCAAAAUCAAAAUCCCAGACAGGUUUCCGGAAAGGAAACAUCCCUGGCAAUCCGAACUGCUGCGGAAGUACCACCUAUAG